ACUGUACAUUAAAACAGGUCUCACGUCGACGCUGCUGCUUUGUAUCGCACAGCUUCAAAAUGAAGCACUUUAAUCUUAGUGUGUGUAUCGGCGUGGCGGUGGUUUGGUUUUUUGUCACUCCAUUGUGGUGUUAAAACGCUCGAUUGUGGGUCACACAGCAUCCAGCUAAUGGUCACUUUUGUUGUCAUCUGAAAAAGAAAAAAAAACGUGCACGAAGAGGAUUGGAAAGCGUGGACUGGAGUUUCCCCAUCACUGGAUUGGAAUCAAACGCUUCUCUGAUGACUCAGCUGUACUGUAUGUGAGCCGGAACUCUAGCUCCAGGUUUUCCAAACAAGUAUCGACAUCCCAGAUCAGUGUCCCAUAUAGGGGCCAUUUGAAGCCCUUUCACCUACAUUGGGGCCUGUUUAAUAUGUCACUACAUGUAGUGUCAGGUUGUUGUUUUCAGUUUGUUUGCCUGCAGAAGUUUUCCUGUUAUGCCAAACGCUUGCAGUUAUUUUUGCGCCUCUAUCGUCUGCAUUACAUCUUCACUGUGUAGAUCCUCAUUGAGGUUUGUUUGAUCACAUGAAAGCCUUUGGAUAAAAUGUUAACGCUCCAAAUUUUAACGGUACAGUUAUAAAUAUGUUACAUGCAACCUCAAGAGCAUUUGCUCAGUUUGCAUGUUGGUGUGUCCCGUAGGAUAUUGGAGACACCUGAGCUCAUCUCAUGAGUCUUAACUACUUCCACACCACACCCACAACAACAUAAGUCUCAUGUCUUGUUGAACGUGUUUGUUCACCAUCUCGUGCCAGUGACAGCCACAGAGUCAACACGCAAACAAGAACCUUUGGCAGAGGAAAAACAGUCCAGUGCAGCAGAACUUUUAUGUUCAACCUCAAUUAUAAACUCGUUUUAUAUUUAACUUUAAUAGGCUCCUUGUACUUGGUGCUGUCCGGCCAAAGCUUUAUGAAAGGGUUUUUGGGUUAUCUUUGAAGUGGUCCACUACAAAUUGUGUUUUUUGUCACUUCAUUGGCCUCUGCUUUGAUCUGCCCUGAGGCAGUUCCUGUUUGUCUUUGUAAAGUGACAUUUCUGCUCUCUCCAUACUUCAGGUAAAAACAUGACUCACAGGACAGCAAUGCAGUCUGUGUGUCCCUGAAACAGGGAAGCAUAUUGCCAUCAUUUCAGUGUUUGGGGGGUGUAUAAGGUCAGAGCACUCAGUUCCAUAAGUUGAGACUUAUGGGAGCAACCUCAGAUGGGGGGAAAAUUCCAGCUCAUUCAGAGGGUAGACCUAGUCCCUUUGAUCUGUAGCGUUAAAGAUUUUGGUAGAGCUUUUCAGGGAUGACACACACCCUGAGAAUAAAGUGCUGCCUGAAUUAUGUAUUCCUAGAAAGUAUUGUUGGGCAGUAUGACAUGUCACGUGGCACUAGCCCAAUCCUGCCUCAAAUGGGAUGAGUUAUACAAACAAACGAACCCUUUGAAGCAAAUCACAACAUUUGUGGUUAUGUUAAUAAAAUUGACAUAAUAAAAAAAAUUAGAGAUAAUGUGAUCAGGGUCCAGGUGUAAGAGAGUCUGCUUUUCAUCCCCUGACGAGCUGCUUGUUCUGUUGCUGUCACAUGCAGAUAAUCUUUAAGAUAGCUCUCCAUUAUUAAACAGUUGGGUUUUUCUCAGUUUCCAGUGGGUUAGUAUGUAAAGAGACACGCUAGACGGAUCAAGCACUGGAUCCCAAGUUAUGUUUCUGCCCUUUUGUCCUUGUUGCCAAAGAGACUUACUGUUGGCACAAUGUGAUAUUCAUGCAAACCACAUUAUUUAAAAAGUGUACCACGUCAACCAAGGAUGUUUUCACUCUAGCACAGUUGAUGGAUUGAUGUGCCUGUCCUCACAGAGGACACGAAACAGAGACUUACAGAGACUUGGAGUCUUUCAUCAAACAUUUUCUCUGCACUGUGUUUAAACCUAUGCCAGUGUUGUGUGUGGUUAUGCUUCGCAUAAACUAAUAGUUUCAGAAUAUAUGUUUCUGUGCAACCAGAAAAAAAGCACUGUUAGCACCUUUAGGACACGCAGUGUGUUUGAAACGUUGUUAGCUGAGCUAUCGUUUAACAAAAAUUGGUCUGCUUAACAGAAAAUGGGACAUCUUGUACUGUACCAGCAUGGCAUGAGUGUAACCACCCCUGUCAACAAUGGCAUUUUGAUUUGCUGUUAAACAGUAAGAAUUUGAACAACAGUGGUGUAGUUUUAGAGCUGUGAAGAAUUGUGGGGUACUGAAUAGAAGAAACAGCUGACUGAUUUUUUUUUUGUGAUCAGGCACAGGUUCAGCAAUGUCAGUGUUUUGCUCAAAGGCACCUCUGCAGAACAUAUGUUUAUUGCAAAUAUUCAUAUUUAUACACGUGAACAGCUUAUGGCUGUUUAUGCAUAAGACUCAGCUGACAAUUCAGAACUCAGUUCAUGCACACUUGUCAUUUUCUGAUUCGAGACAUCUGGCCGUCACGUGACACUGUCAGGUGCACCACAGACUGACAUGCCACAAAUCAGAACAACCUCACAGUUGUCAAUUACCAGCUGAAUGAGCAUGAGUGGCUUUGCAUGCAGUUAUUGUGUGUCCGUGCAAUAACAGAGUCAGGCGGCCAACUCCCCCAGGAGAAGCCGGUGAAAUCCGAUGAAGAUGAAGGUCAUCUCCCAGUCAGACCUGUUCAGCUUGGCUCACAGUGGAAACCUUAAGCCCUGCGCUGGAUGAAUGGAGAGGGAAAACAAGAAAUGAGCUGCUUUUGUGCCCUUUGACAGCCAUACUUGAAAGAAUCUUUCUGUGCAUUUUGGUCAGGAGAGGGAUGGAAACUGUUUUAAACACAGCUUUUUUUUAUUUUAUAAGCAAAGCUAAUGUUUUUUGUUUUUUUGGGUGGAUUUCAAGGGUAAAGGGGGAAAAAAAAGGAGGGAGGCAGGGAAAGUGAGCAGAGUUUCGGGUAAUUAGGAGUCAGGUCUGUUGACAGGCGUUGGUCCGAGCUGGCGGUUUGACUGACCAGAGGUCCUGGUCUUAUUCCCCUGCUGUGGAGUGGAGCUGGGGGCGUGCCAGGACAUUCCGCGUGUCACUUUCUGUACAGCCAACCCACUUUGCUCUUAUUUUGUAAUUUCCUUUUAGGAAAAAAACUGUAAGAGGACUAGAAGGAAGUACUAUUGCUCACUUGCUCCUUUUUCAUUCAGUUCCUUCAAACUGCUCAAGGAAGAAGAGUGAUUGUGUGUGUCUGUCUAGUAUUGUCAUUGUGUAGUUUUUGAAUUGUGUUUUUUAUGAGGCAGCUUUAAGUUUUUCUGUUUCAAAAUGGAUUGUCUGAAAAUGCAGGAAGCAGCAGAGUACAACAUGAAAAUGCAUCCCAUGUGGCAGGGACCCCUCGCGGUACCAGGAGGUGAUCGCCAGUCUCCCAUUGACAUUGUUGUACGGAAGAGCGUCUUUGAUUCAGAGCUGAAGCCUCUGGUCACCAAUUAUGACCCAGACACCUGCCAACAAAUCUGGAAUAAUGGUUACUCCUUCCUGGUUGAGUAUGAUGACACUGCAGACAAGUCCACGCUGAAAGGUGGCCCCUUGCGAGACAAUUUCAGGCUGUGUCAGUUCCACUUCCACUGGGGGGAGUGCAACUCCUGGGGGUCAGAGCACACUGUGGACAGGAGGCUGUUCCCUGCAGAGCUCCACCUAGUCCACUGGAACUCUGACAAGUACAGUCUGUUCGAGGAGGCAGUGAUGGAGGACAAUGGACUGGCUGUGAUUGGAGUCUUUCUUAAGGUGGGAAAGAGACACGAGGGGCUGCAGAAACUGGUGGACGCUCUGCCUGCAAUCAGACACAAGGACAGUGUCGUGGAGUUUACCAGGUUCGACCCUGCCUGUCUGUUACCCACCAACACUGAGGACUACUGGACGUACCACGGCUCUCUGACAACACCUCCUCUGACCGAGUCUGUCACCUGGAUUGUUAUGAAGCAGCACAUUGAAGUCAGCCAUGAUCAGCUGGCCGUCUUCCGGAGCCUCCUGUUCACCUCAGCUGAGGAGGAGGUACAGAAGAGCAUGGUGAACAACUUCCGCGUUCAGCAGCCUCUGCGCGGUCGCACCGUCCGCUCUUCCUUCACCCCCUUCCUGCAGGACGCCCCAUCAGCUGAAGACGACAAACACACCCACUGACGCUGCUGGACCCCCGCACAGAGUAACACAUACAAUGACCACUGUCGCACACACACACAUACACACACUACUCUGUGAGCAAGUGUUCGUACUCUCUCAUUUUUCUUUAUUCCAACACAACACAAUGUCGCUCAUUAGCAUUGUGAGCAGAAAACGUACUUACAGUACGACAGAGUUUCCUCAGAGGGGCUUUUUUUUUUUUCUUUAGAUUUUUGGUAUGACUGUUUCAAAUCAAUAACCAAUAAGGGAUGGCUGCUGUGGGGAAAAUAUGCAGUUGUACCAGUUUUUAUUAACAUGAAUCGUAUUUAUAAUAUUUACAUUUUAUUCGGUUACUGCACGUGAGUGUGUACCUGCAGCUCAGAGUGGAGAAUCCCACUGAGCUGGAAGUAAAAGCUCAGUAGCAUUCAGCACCACAGCAGAGUGUGCUCUGACUUCCAGGUGGUGAUGUUUUUUCUCCAUAUAAGGAUGAUGGAGCUGCUGCCAGUUUACAGAACAGUGACCAGGAGAUUUGAACAGUCUGGAGUCACGUGUCUCCAGUAGAACACAUCAUUAAUCUAACAGCAUUAAGGAUUUUUUUUUUUACUACAAUAUCACUUUUUUAAAUUCUGUAUUGUUGGUUGUCCUUGGUUUUGUCAUUUAUACAUAAGAUAAAUAGAAUGUGUUUUCUUCAUCUGUUACAAAGAGAUCAUGCUGUAAACAGUACAUCUGAUAUUCAGAAACCUUUGCUUCUUACCGUAUGUGACUUUCGAACAUCAAAUACUUUCAGUAGAGGUUUAAAACUCCGCUGAGCCUUGAGUCUUCUGUC